AUGUCGAAACUGGGAACAUUUCGAGCAUUUUACCUCGUAGCUUUAUGCUGCGUUGGUUCAUUCUUGUUUGCAUACGACACCGGUAUCGUUGGUGGCAUCCUCACCUUUAAGGGCUUCCAAGAGGACUUUCGUUAUGGCCCGUCCCAGAAGGCCAACGUCGGGUCAAAUUCUACAAGUUUGUUGCAGGCAGGAGCCUUCUUCUCCUGCUUCUUCAUCUGGCCUUUUACCGCGAAAUACGGUCGUAGAUGGUCAAUCAUCCUCGCCUCGAUAAUAUUCUGCGCAGGCGCAAUCGUCCAAACUAUCAACACCCACUCCCUAGCCGCCUUCUACGUCGCACGAGUCGUCAGUGGUGUCGGUGUCGGCAUGGCUACAGUCGUGAUCCCCAUGUACUCGGCAGAGAUGGCCCCCAAGAACAUCCGUGGAAUGCUCGGCAGCAUGUUUCAAUUCUUCUUCACGAUAGGUGUCAUGACGUCGUAUUUUAUCGACUACGGCGUGAGCAAACAUGUCAAGUCAUCUACUAGACAGUGGCAGAUCCCUGUUGGGUUGCAACUUGUUCCUGGAGCAACUCUCGGGUUGGGAAUGUUGCUUUGCAAAGAGAGUACACGAUGGUUGGCCAAGACUGGUAGGAGGGAGGAAGCACUGCAGUCCCUCAUUUGGGUCCGUGGCGGUCAUGCGCCUGAAGUACAAGAAGAAUUUGCCGAGAUCAUUGCCAGUAUUGAAGAAGAGAGAAAUCAAAAAGAAGGACUAACUUGGAGAGAGUUGAUCCAGCCUGUCAACCGCUACCGCAUUUUCCUCAUCAUUGCUCUGCAAAUCGGCGUGCAACUUACCGGCAAUACAUCCUUGGCUUAUUACGCCCCACAAGUCUUCGCAGCCGUUGGCGCAGGACAGAAUAACCUCCUUAUCACAGGCUUCUUCGGCCUAGUCAAGGUCGUGUCGUGUCUCUUCUAUCUUCUCUUCCUCGUCGAACGCAUCGGACGCCGCGGCUCGCUAUUGGGCGGAGCGUUCCUAAUGGGGACGUACAUGCUCAUCAUCGCCUGCCUUACCGCAACCCAUCCGCCCAAGUCCGUAGACCAGGGCUUGACCUCGACGGCCAUCGCCUCGAUGACAAUGAUCUACCUCGAAGCCAUGUCGUACAACAUCUCAUGGGGCCCAGCACCAUGGGUCUACAUGGGCGAAAUCUUCCCAUCCAGAAUCCGCGAAGCCGGAAUCGCCAUUGGAACUUCAACACAAUGGCUUUUCAACUUUGUCUUCUCUCAAGCUACGCCACACGCCGUUCAAAAUCUCGGUUGGAAGAUAUUUCUGAUGUUUUGCAUCUUCAAUUGGGUACUCGUAGUAUUUGUCUGGUUCUUCAUCAAGGAGACAAAAGGAAAAUCUCUUGAAGAGAUGGACGCAUUAUUUUCUGGAAAGUCUAUCAGCAACGACACAGAGAAUUCUGUCGAGAAGCACGCCGAAGAGAGGGAACCUAACCCAGUCCUUGGAAAUUUCAGUGAUAAGCUUCAAUGA